AUCGGAAUCUCCUCCAGCUGCGCAGACUCAGAAGCAUCAGAGCGUCACAUCAGGGUUUUCCGUGGCUCUGCGUGGAUUUAGUCCACAUAUUUAUUUCAUUACACGUUAUAUAAUACACACUGACUCUCACACUCUCUGUCAUCGUACUCAGUGAUCUUCAGACUUCAGCUCCUUAAAGCACGAAUCCUCCUGACUGACCAGAAGAGACAGCUCUGACCUGGAUAAACUCUAAAGAUCGAGCUCCACACUGAGAGGAGCAGACGGACAUCACUAUCAGCAGCAGAAGCAGCAGUUUUAAACUCUGCCUCCUCCCCAACCUCCUCCCCCACGUCACAUCUAACAUGGCAGACCCAACGUCGCCCUCUAGGACGGUGCUGCGCUCGCCCGAUGCCUCCCUCACCCUCUCCUUCCCCUUCCUGAGGGAGGGGAGUCGGGUUUGGGAGGACGGGAAGGAGCAGCCGCUGCCAAGGGACCUGCCGAGUCCUCUACCGACCAAACGCACCCGGACCUACUCAGCAACGGUGCGAGCACACUCCGGCCCGCUGUUUAAAGGCGUGUGUAAGAACUUCUCUCGGUCUCAGGGUCACGGCUUCAUCAGACCAUCACAUGGAGGAGAGGACAUCUUUGUUCACAUCUCAGACAUCGAGGGCGAGUACGUCCCGGUCGAGGGCGACGAGGUGACCUACAAAGUCAGCAGAGUCCCUCCUAAAAACCUGAAGGUUCAGGCGGUGGAGGUGAAGAUCACACAUCUCAACCCAGGAAUCAAACACGAGACCUGGUCCGGCCAGAUCAUCAGCUCGUAG